AUGAUGAGAGACCUGAUGCCUUCAACGCUGGAGGGUCAGAUCACCAUGGAGAAGACACCCAGCUACUUUGUGACUAACCAUGCCCCCAAGCGCAUCCACACCAUGGCCAGGGACAUCAAGCUUAUUAUAGUGGUGCGUAAUCCCGUCACCAGAGCCAUUUCGGACUACACACAGACUUUGUCCAAGAAACCCGAGAUCAACACCUUCGAGGUUCUGGCUUUUAAGAACCGGACGCUGGGUCUCAUAGACGCUUCGUGGAGUGCGUUGCGCAUCGGAAUAUACGCGCUCCACUUGGAGAGCUGGAUGCAGUAUUUCCCUCUCUCCCAAAUGCACUUUGUCAGCGGGGAAAGACUCAUCGUGGAUCCCGCGGGCGAGAUGGGCAAAGUGCAGGACUUCCUGGGACUCAAACGCAUCGUCACAGACAAACACUUUUACUUCAAUAAAACUAAAGGAUUUCCUUGUCUGAAGAAGCCAGAGGACAGCAGCACUCCCCGAUGCCUCGGCAAGUCAAAAGGGAGAACUCACCCUAAAAUAGACCCAGACGUGAUUCGCCGGCUGCACAAGUUCUACAAACCCUUUAACAUGAUGUUCUACCAAAUGACCGGACAGAACUUUGAGUGGGAGCUGGAGGAGGACAGUGGGUCUCGUAGCUCUCAGGACUAGUAGACUGCGGCAUGGCACGGCGCAGCCACACCACCAGCCUUCUUCGAUAAAACUUCUAUUGUCUCGCUUUCGUUUCUUCAGAGAGAGUGCUUGAGCACGCCAAUCAAUCAUGGCUGUCUUUGCAGUGUCUGGAUCCAUUAGCAAGAGUUUACUGACAUGCUUUUCCCUUCAAUACUAAUGUCGUUGAUGAUGGCGAAUCAUUAUUGUACAUACUAAACAUAAAAUAUAUUUAUAUUUGUGAAAAGGAGAUGAUUUAUUCCUUUUGUUUUUAAAAGCAUAGAGCUGAUAUAAAAAUCAUGUUGACUAUGGCAAUGCAUGCGAUAAGUUAAGUGUCCUUACCUCAUGAGCCCUAAGGCUGAAAUCUGCCUGUUUCUUCUCCCUUUACUUUCCUUCCGUUUGUUUCCCUCACACCCACUCACCAGCAUACUGUACAAGAAGAUAUUCUAUUUAAACGGCUAAGGCCAUGCAGUGCUCUGUAUAAUGUCUUUUCAAACUUUCCUGCUGCUUCAAAAGAGACAGGGAAGAGAAAAAUGAGACACGUAAAGUACAAUAAUCCUCUGACUUUUGCUCAUCUUUUUCAGUUUUUUGAGUGGAGACAAUCGUGUUUUUGUCUGUCUAAGUUUACCAAAGUGUUAAUUUACUCAGUGUCAGUGUUCUGGUUGCUCUGCACUCAUUAAUUACUCACAGAUUCAAUAAGAGAGCUGACUGACAGUGGCCCUCAUUCAAUAAUUGGAUUGUUUCUCUACAUCGUCAACAUUAGCAUACUGAUGACCAUGCACUCAGAUGUGGUACAGUCUCAGUGAUUUUGGCAUAAUUCGACAAAUGAAUCCAUGUCGUGCAAAUAGCAAAGGGUGAGCUGUGGACUAAACAAUCCGGCAUCUUGACAAAAACAAAUUCUUGUUGUCAAAAGUCUCCGAAAUAACAGUUAACACUCAAAGUCCUCGACCAUUUGAGUCGUGACCCUUUUGACGCAGUGAUUCAUGUCGAUGAGG